UGAGUGUUUCUAAGCAAUGACAAUUAAAAAAAAAUGAUGUAGUUUGUUACUGCAAUAUUUCGUUUGAGCAGAUAUGGAAUUUAAUGAUUUCACUUGCUUUGAUAUAUACCAUUUUAUCAGUAGUGUUAACUCAAGUAGUUGAAAUUAAGCUAAAUGAAGAAAGGGGGUAUUGCUAGUACAAAUUGAUUAUUGCUUAUCCAUAUUCAAAAUCUGUUAUUUAUUAGCGGAUGGUUGUGCAUAUAUGAUUGCAUAUGAAUAUUUCCAUGGGCACAUGUAGAAGAUGUAUUGACCGCAACAUAUAAACCACACUGCAAAAUGUCAACCAGCCAGUACAGAGAGACGAAAUACAACAACAUGAGUAUAACAUUAAACUUCGUGAUAGGAGUUCUAAUUAUUGCGUGUUUAUCUGUGCGGACGGAUGCACAAUUUCCACGUGCUUGUGCAACUAUGGGAGCGUAUCUUUCCAAAGAAUGUUGCCCGCUGAUGUCUGGCACUGGAAGUCCUUGUGGACAAACAGAAGGAAGAGGUAUUUGCUCCGAUAUUGUUGUUGACGAACAGCCGUGGGGAGGCCCAUACGUUUUAUUGGGAAUCGAUGACAGAGAAAGAUGGCCAGAACGGUUUUUCAACAGAUCUUGUCAAUGCUUGGGAAAUUUCGGUGGAUUCGACUGUUCAACGUGCAAGCCGGGAUGGAGAGGAGUUAAUUGUGAUGUUCGGCGACCUCUCGCUAUAAGACGAGACAUAAGAGAAAUGUCUCAAGAAGAAGCAAAUAGAUUUUUAGAUGCUUUAGAUCAAGCAAAAACGACACCUCAUCCAGAUUAUGUUAUUGCAAGAGAUCAUUACAGGAAUCUUCUUGGUGAAAAUGGAACAUCGGAACCAAACUAUGUAGACAUUUCCAUAUACGAUCUCUUUGUUUGGGUUCAUUACUACAGUGUCAGAGACACCUUACUUGGGCCUGGCCAGGCAUUCGUAGGAAUUGAUUUCUCUCACGAAGGUCCAGCAUUCUUGACUUGGCACAGAAUGCAUCUUCUCAACUUAGAAGAAGACUUGAGAAAAAUGACUGGAAUCGAGGAGCUUGCUAUACCUUAUUGGAAUUUCGCCAUUGGAGGUACUGAAUGUGAUAUUUGUACUGAUGAGCUUCUUGGUGCAAGACAUCCAAAUGAUCCAUCAAGAUUGAGUCCCAAUUCGAGAUUCGCUGACUGGCAAAUCGUCUGUCUCAGCCUUGAUUGGUUUGAUGACAAUAUCAAGUUAUGCAACGGAACAUACGAAGGAACAAUUUUUCGAAAUCCCGGUGGUAACACUGAACGUCCUUUGGUUCAAAAGCUUCCAGAGCCUUCUGAUGUUGCCGAAUGUCUCGGAGUGACUAAAUAUGAUACUUUUCCGUUUUUCUCCGACUCUGACCAAAGUUUCAGAAACACACUCGAAGGUUAUGCUGAAGUAGAUGGUAAAUUUACGGAAGGAGCCAGAACACUUCAUAAUUUAGCCCACUUGUUUUUGAACGGAACUGGAGGACAAACCCAUGCAAGUGCGAAUGACCCAAUUUUUAUUCUCUUACACGCUUUCACUGAUGCUAUUUUUGAAGAGUGGAUGAGAAGAGAAAAUCCAACAACGUCAGAUUUCCCAGAACGUUUUGCACCCAUUGGACACAAUCUUGAUUAUAACAUGGUUCCAUUUUUCCCACCAGUGAGAAAUAGAGAUAUGUUCAUUCGGGCAAGCGAGUUGGGCUACACUUAUGAGGUACAAUUUCCAGAUUCAGUUCCAAUGGCAGGAUUCGGCUUGCUUUUGUUCGGUCUUGUCGGGAUGCUGGCCGUCGUGGGAAUACUAUUUCUCAUUAUAGUACUUAUAUGUCGAUACAGACGAAGGAUUUUAGAAGUCAGAGGAUAUCAGGAGAUUGUUGAAUCCGGCGAUGACGUUGCUUACACUUCCUAGCUGUCCAUAAUUAUCAGAUAUAUAUGUGUUAUAAAUCAUGAUUCAUCGUUUAUUGUCUUUAUUCUCACUUCAACUGUUGGAAAGCAUUUGUGAAUAAUAAACAUAUAAUUCAAAUA